AUGCCACCCUAUGUCACCCCAUCCAACUCCAUACCACCAUAUAAAACCACAUACCAUCCCAUUCCACCCCAACUCACCCCAUCCCACCCAAUACCACCCAUACCACCCGAACCACCCAUCCCACCCUAUCCCAUCCAAUACCACUCCAUACCACCCAAUAAGACCCACAACACCGCAUCCCACCCCAUCUCACCCAAUAAAACCUCAUCCCACCCAAUAAAACCCAAUCCCACCUCAUACCACCCAUCCCACCCUAUCCCAUCCAAUACCACCCCAUCCCAUUCCAUACCACCCAGUAAAACCCCAUACCACCCCAUUCCACCCCAUCUCACCCCAUAA